CAAUCAUACACUAACAUGUGUUAACCCAUGAGCUUUCAGAGCCAACCCCAAAAAUUAUAGAACUCAGUGAUGCAAUUGCUAGAGUUUAUGUGGGAAGGGAAGAGGGAGAGGGGGCCCUAAAUGAUAGAUCCAAAAGCCAAAGUACAGAGUGAGGUGCAAUUAUUCGUGCCAUGAAUUUCAUCCUAAGCAACUUACCAAAAUUCCUCCUCCCCCCACCUCCUAAAAAGCAAAAUAUAUACAUAUAUAUCAUUUGAUAUUCCAUGUUCUUUUUAAGUGACUGAUUUCCACUUCUCUCAUUCUGAUUGAUCAUACUCAAACAUUUUCUUUUCUUUUUUCAAAAAAGAAAAGAAAAGAAAGUCCUUUUUCUUUUUCUUGAUUUAUAAUUUUUUUCUUUUCUCACUCCGUAUAUUUCUACCUUUCUUCAACUCUCUUUCUCUCCCCUUCUUGUUCUCUCUCUAUGAAAGGCUCAUAGAGAGAGGGAAAGGUAAAUUAUAGCAAGCAAAAAUAGGUAUAACCAUGAAGAAUACCAUUAGGUGUUGCAUUUCUUGCAUUCUACCAUGUGGAGCACUGGACGUGAUUCGCAUAGUACACUCUAAUGGCAGAGUUGAAGAGAUUAGCGGCUCAAUCACAGCAAGUGAGAUAAUGAAAGCACAUCCAAAGCACGUUUUGAAAAAACCCUCUUCUCCGACCUCCUCCGACGACGGUGUUGUUCCUAAAAUCGUUAUAGUUCCACCGGACGCAGAGCUUCAACGCGGGAAGAUCUAUUUUCUCAUGCCAGUCCCAUCUACUCCGGACUCCACGUCAAAAAGACCUCCACGAUCAAGAACUUCAAGCGCAAGAAGGAAAAGAAGAGAGAAUAAUAAUAGUAGCAAUCAAAUCAACAUCUCUAGCAGUAAUAACCUCAGCAACUCCAUUUCAAUGACGACAAACCUUCUCAUUUCUGAUCGAUAUUUAACCGAAAUAUUAUCGGAGAAGAUAUCAACUCAGAGAGAUCGAAGAAGAGGCCGUGUUGGAGUUUGGAGGCCCCAUUUAGAAAGCAUAUCUGAAACCCCAUAUGAUGGUUGAACAUUGAUGGACGGUGUUGAUGAGCUAUGGUUUUUAUUUUUCUUUUGUGAUUCAUUUAAAAGGUUCUUAUAUCUAUUAGGGUUCAAGAAUUGUCUAUUAUUCAUUUCUCUCUUCCUUUCUUCAUCUUUAUUUUUUCUUUAAAUUUUGUUUUUCUUUUUAGUGUAUAUAGAGGCAUAGAGAAGAAGAAGAAGAAGGAGUAAUAAUCAAAAAUAUAUGGAUCAAGGUAUGGAAAUUGAUGAUGAUGAUGAUAGCUAUCUUAAACAGUUGUGGUGGGAUCGUGCUAGCUACUCCAUUAAUGUAAUAUUAAUGCAUCAAGGCCAUAAGUAAAUGUUAAUUAAUAAAUUUUAAGCUUCAUAAUCAUUAAAGUGUGGCUUUGAUUAUGAAAAUAGAGCAGAAAUUCAAGGAAUAAUUUUGUAAAUUUAAAGAGAGAGAGAUGCAAAUUUUCUUGAGCAUUUCUUUUUCUUAUUUUAAUUUUCUGUGAAGAGUUGAGUAAGAGAGCACUGUUUGUGUGAGAGAGAGAUCCCACUUCUACUGUGUGAAGUGCAUUGUUCCAAUAAGAAUCAAAAGAUGAUUGUGGCAUUGAUUUUACACUACCA